CAGACCAUCAUCACGCCGCUCACGACCACCAUCACCAUCACUACGCCCCUGGCCAUGCACAUAUCGGUCAUUCAGUUGCACAUGUUCAUGGCGGGGCGCACCAUCACCACCAUCCAGUCACUGCUGCGCACCCUGCACCAUUGUCCGACCCGACUGCACAGCUCAGCGCGGCGGAAUGGAUCCCAUACCUUGAGCAGCAGCACUUCGACAUGGUCAUCGAACGACGCAGGCUCAACGAUCUCAUCGCCAAGACAGAGCACGUUCUUGCCGGCGCCAAGGCAGCUGUUGCCGCCUCCGCUGCUGGCCACCGAGAGCAGGCGGGUCGCAGUCCUUUUCUUAGCACAUACAAUGAACCGCGCGAAUCAGUCUCGACAGCAGCGUUCUAUCCGAAUCCUCCGCCUCCUGUCGCCUUCUCCGAGGCACCGCGAUACAGCCGGCCGCCUUCGCCUGCAGAGCAGCUGUCACAGCCUGAUGCCGGUGCGUCGACUGCCGCCCACCAGAGCGGGAUGGUCGUUCGGCUGGACUCCAGCGCGAGCGCAUCCAAUACGCCGUCACACUACCCGCCCGUCGCUCCCCGAGAUGUGCCAGAGGAGCCAAGAUCUCCGCCGCCGUUUGAGGAAACGUUCCGAGGGCCUCCACACCAGCGAAGGAGCGAGGCCGAAGUCGCUUCGAUCAUUGCCUCACCCUCGGCGCCUGCGUCGGCCGCGGCGCAUGUCGGCAACUCCACUUGGUCCACGCCCAACUCGAGACGGGAGGGGCGGUCUGAAGGGACACUACUUCCUAAACAGUCCGCGUCGGCCUCGGUGGGUGGCACAUAUUCAAAUGGCGAGAAUGAGAACGUGCUCGGAGCAGGAGAAGGAGCGACAGCUAUGCCGCCCGUUGUUGUGGACUCGCAGCCGCGUCAGUUGCCGCCAAUACGCAGCCGGCCGAGCUCACCUGCUGCACGCACGACCUUCUCGGCCGCGGCGUGAUGAUACAGCUUCACGUCUUCAUAAGAGAAGAACUUUGGCGCGAGAAGUGGCUGAUGGAAAUACCAUUGCCAUGGACAUAGGCUUCCACAAGCGCGGGGCCGGCUUCCUUGGGUGACAUGGCGCUGCAGUCAGAACGGCAAUCUUGCGGCGUGACAUUAUCAUGUAGCUUUUUCGCAGAAGUCACGAGCUUUGCACCGGCAUGCCAUACGUCGACCCCUCCCCCCUCCCUCUCUGGUUGAACCGUUGACGUUGAGGCCCUUCUCAGAGGCAUGUGAAUUAGCAGGGCAAGUGCUGGCGAAUGGAGCUUGGUUGAAGACGUAGAAGCAAG